UCCACUUUGUCUGUCUGUCCGCAACGCAGAAUGUUGCCUUUUAUAUUAGGAAAGCAUGAGUCUUAUUGAGAUAGUUGCUAUUAUAUUUUGCUGAAUUAUUUCAGACGCAUUAAAUUUUCUAAUAUUAUCAUGUCGAAAUCACUAAAGCAUUUGGUUGUUGAUUCUGGUGCUUUCAUCAAAAACGCACCCGUUCAUGAGUUCAGUGAACAUAUAUAUACAGUACAAGGGGCCAUUCAGGAAAUAAAGGACAAGGCAACUUUACAAAGGCUUCAAUUUUUACCAUAUACAUUACAGAUUAAAAGUCCGUCUCCCGAUGCUUGCAAAUUUGCACUUGAAUAUUCAAAAAAGACUGGAGAUUAUUCUAGUCUCUCUGCUACUGAUCUUCAAAUUAUAGCUUUGUGUUAUCAAUUAGAAAAGGAAUUUGUUGGGACUGAUCACAUAAAUAAAGAACCAACCUGCAAGGUUACAGGGAAAUCACCUUUUGGUAAUAACCAGUUAAGUGGAUUUUAUUAUCCUCGGGAAGACGUCAACAGUUUAGGCGAGGAGUCUUCUAGUGAAGAAGGUACAUUAAAUUGUUCUGCAGAUGAGAAACCAACUGAAAACUCUGCAUCAGUUGAAAACAGCACAGAAGACAAUAGCAAUAUAGGAAAUAUCAGUACAGAAAAUGUAUCUCAUACAGAUUCUGAUGAAGAAGGCUGGAUUACUCCAAAUAAUAUCGCCGAAAUACAAAAAAAGAUGGGGUUUUUGGCAUUAGAAGAAAGUACUUCAACAACUGUGGGUUGCAUCACAACUGAUUUUGCAAUCCAAAAUGUUCUGCUUCAAAUGGGUCUUCAUGUUGUUUCAGUAGAUGGUAUGCUAAUCAAACAAGCACGUGUUUUCAUUUUACGCUGCUAUGCUUGCUUUAAGACCACCAGUAAUAUCACAAAGAAGUUUUGUCCAAAUUGUGGAAAUAAAACUUUGAAAAGAGUUGCAGUUACUGUUAAUGAAGAUGGAACCAAAAAUAUACAUAUUAAUUUUCGUAGACCUAUCAAUAUAAGAGGAACAAGAUACUCUCUACCCAUGCCUAAAGGAGGUAAGCAUGCAGUCAAUCCUGUGUUGUGUGAAGAUCAGCCAAUUCCACAGAACAAACCUCCCAAAUCUGCUCUGCAGAAAAUUGAUGCAUUAAGUCCAGACUAUGAAAUUCUGCCAUCUCCGUUUGCUAAAAAUGAUGUUUACAGUCGGGCUGCUUUAUUGGGCAUCAGAACAAACAAAAGUGGAAAAACUAAAAGAAACCCAAAUGAAUGGUCAAAACGCACUGGAAAUAGGAAGAGAAACUAGAAAUGAAAUAAAAAUAUUUAAAGAGUUUUUAUUGAAGUGUUUAUUUAUAAGAUUUUCUUCGCCAAAUCAAACACCAAACAGAAAGUAAGGCCAAAAUCUAAAAUCUAGUUCCUAAUCUUGAAUUAUUAAUUUGUUAAGGAAGCAUAAAAUGUUUAAUAGUUUUGAAGAAAAAGAGUUAGUUUUUUAUGCAUUCAUCGGCAUAUAAACUCAGUCAAGUACGAUGCCGUGCUUUAAUGCUGUUUGUUAUGCUUCCCUAAAGACACUUUACGGUUUAUCCAUUUUCUGGAUCAGCAAAGUGAAAUUUGUGGUUCACGGUGAAAUGUUCGAAGAUGGUAUCUCUCAAUGACAACCAGUAAAGUUUUUGCAGAUCGAUCAAGAACUGCAAUUACAAAGCAUUCGCUGGAUUCUCGGCACAGUCCAGCUAAAACCCAUCAUUGUGGAAGAACCUACUGUUUCACCUAGUGAAAAGGCUUAUGUCUGUUUCUACAAUCUUGUCGCUUCCACCAAUUUUCACUGUUGGCCAAGCUAUUAAAGCUGCUGUGGAAAUCUCCUGCAUCAACAGUCAUAUUAUGGUUAUGUUAUCUUAAGUUGUAAUUCACAAAAUUUAAUUGAUGUCACCUUUUGGCACCAGAAAUGUAUGAACUUAAGGAUUGUGAGGAAGGGGUUUUGUAACCAUCAAACCAAAUUUACUUUCUCACUUAUUUUCGCUCAAUGAAGGACAUUUUCUCAAAUUGUGAAAUUCAUGGCAGGUAGCAAAAAAAGAAAUGCGUUAAAUAAAUAUUUAUUUCCUGCAAAAAAGAAACUAAACUCAUGAAUUGUGUGAAACCGAACUUGUGAAUUUUGUUAGAUUUACCACAAUUAAUUAAGCAUCACUUGUAUUAAUAAUAGUUUGACAAUUUUUUACAGUUCCUCAAAAUGGAGUAGUAUGAAUUUUAUAUUACAUUAUAGAUUAUUCAAAUUGUUCAGUUAUUCAAAUUAUUCAAAUUUUAGUUCCAGACUGACUUCUCAAGAAGUAAUAAUUUGGAACAUCACAAUUUGAAUAAUCCAAGUAAAGGUAAAAAUAAAUACAUAAUAAAAUGAAAUGGAAAAUGAAAA